ACAGGCGGGAGACAAGCAGUCCUUGACCAUGGCCAUGGACCAGAGCACACUGAAUGCGGAGGACGCCACGGAAACCCGGCAUGCCGCAGGUACUGUGCACCCCGCAGAUGCUGCGCUCCCCGCAGUUGCUGCGUUCCCUUCAGAAACAGCGCGUCCAGAGUGUGCUGAGAACCCUGAGGAUGUUGCAUACCACCACAGGGUUAAUGUUCGGGACCCCGAGGCCGCUUGGCUGCCCGCCCAGCACUCGUGUUCCCGCUGUCAGCUGCUCUACUGGGUAGGAGCCUUGGUGUUACUGCUUGGGGUUGUCUGUGUCCCGAUCGCUUUCUUUACCCGCAUCCCGACCCUGCCGACAUUCACCACCUCGCCCACCCCGGGGACCUCAGAGAAGACUUCAAACUUGACUGCCACUCCUGUUCCUCUAAAUGGCUACCCCCAGACUACAGGGCAGGGCUCUUCCGUGUUCGCCAAUCUACAGGCUAAAAACGAAGCAUCGCUGUUGCGCAAUAGGACCCUGAGUUGGCAUAGCCUAGAAGGGGCUGGGAACUCCAAACUGUACCGGGGUCUGAGGUACGAUGAGGAAAAAGAUGAGCUGGUGGUGGACAAUGCUGGACUCUAUUAUGUGAUUUUGCAGCUGAAGCUCAGCCCUGUGUCCAAAAACACAGACCACACGGUGUGGGGCCAGGUCUCUCUUGUUCUGCAACUGAAUCCCCAGGUAGAAAACCUUGACAACUUGGCGCUGACUGUGGACCUGUUCCCUUGCUCCAUGGAGGCCAACUUAGUGGAAGGUUCCUGGGGUCACCUGAUACACCUGAAGGCUGGCCACCGCCUCAGCGUGAAGCUGAAUGCCUAUAUGCAUGGAGCUCAGGAAGCAUACAAUGACUGGCAGCUCUCUCAGACUACUAUUACCAGCUUUGUACUCUUCCUUGUACAACCUGAGACCUCACAGGAAUUGUCAUCCACAGGAUAAUGGCACAUGCUGCUGCCAGCCACCCUUCUUAUGACUCCUGGUCACUGAGACCCCACGCUGCUAUAUCUCAUGGGACCUGAGAACAGGGUCCUUCCUUUUCCAGUAUCUCCCCACACCCUGUCCCUGACUGGACUCAGUAUUUAUUGUGAGCAUAGCUCAGAUAACACUUUAUAUAAUUCAUUAGGCAGCAUUAGCAGACUGCUGGGCAGGUGCUAUGGAGAAACCAGUCAUCAAAGUUUCCUAAAGGAAUCUCUUUAUUUAUAUUAAUAUGUGAAAAAUAAAUGUAUUUGUAAACAA